AAAUGUCUGCUGGAGCGUCAGCAGCAGAUGUUCGGAGUAUACUCUCCAUUCCAGGUCCCUCUGGCUCACAGACACCAAACGCUUCCGCGUCGAUCUCAGCAUCCACACCAGCAGGCAUAAUAUCUAGCGUAAACAAAGCGCGUAAACCCAAACCGGAUGGAAUAUCCCGUGAACUGUUUGCACUUAUUGGUACGGCUGUACCAACGUUGAAUGCACAACUUGCGAAACCAAAGUUCAAACCGAAGCCAAAGGCACUGUCAGGUGGAGGAAAGGCUACAAAAUGGGAAUGGCGCGAAUUCACGAAUUUUGCUCGGAAAGAUUCGUUAAAACUGAGUCAUUGGGCGAAAGCUUCUGCAGAUCCUCAAGCAUUUUAUCCAUUCGCAAAAUAUGACAUUAAGCCUCAGUCUUUCACCUACUCACAUGAUGAAUACACGAACCUUUUGGAAGAGGAAGGUUGGACGAAAGAAGAGACCGACUACCUAUUUAACAUUGUCCAAGAAUAUGAACUUCGCUUCUUCGUGAUCGCAGACAGAUACGACUUUCCAGGAGGUCCACCCAGGACUAUUGAUGAUAUAAAGGAUAGAUACUACGGUGUAUGCCGAAGGCUAAUCCGCAAUCGUCCUUGGCCUGGAGAUGAGGCGGGUAAAGCUCAGGCUGUCGCAAGUUACUCUUUUGACAAAGAACGCGAAUUAAAUCGCAAGUCCUACAUCGCCUCACUUGAGAAUCGCACAGCCGAGGAAAUCAUAGAAGAGGAAGCACUCUUCUUAGAACUCAAGCGCCUCGAGCAAUCAGAGAGGAACUUUGCCCGAGAUCGUGAUGAGCUUCUACGUGUAUUUGAGGGCAUUGAGAGUGGUCUGCAAUCGGUCACGGCGCAGAGUGCGAUAGAUGAGGAAGAAUAUGCCAUGAUGAUUGGGGACGGGAAGAAUGCGAAUAACAAGAAACGUAAGGGUGGUAUGGACGUGGAUAGUCCUGUCAGCUCAGGCCCUGGUAUGGGUGGUGCUAUUCCUACGACACCUGUGCGGAAGGUCCGAAGUGCGAAGGAAAUCGCUCAUGACGCGAUGCACUGCAUUCAUCGGAUGGACACUCCUGCAAACCCCGCAGCAACCACAAAAGCUGCUCAUCAACCCGUUUACCUGCGUUCAUACAAGAUUCCGACAGUACGCUCUGCACAGCAGCAGCGCGUUGGACAAGUAUUCAGCGAGCUCGGCCUACGUCACGACCGUCUCGUGAUGCCAACAUUAGAAAACUGUGCUCAGCUUGAACAGCUAGUCAACGCUGCAUGUGCACUUGUAGACACGAAGAAGACUGUAGAUCGUGUGGAACAGGAGAUACGCGUUUUGCAAGCGCGACUCGCUGAGAAGGAAGGAACUAAUGGGAAUAAUGAAAAUGGUGGUAGUGGAGGGAAUGGAAAUGGAAAUAGGAUGGAUGUAGAUGAGAAUGAUGGAGAUGACCCGGAUGCGGAUGCAGAUGGUGAGACGGAUAGAGCGGUGAGUCUUGCACCGAGUGCUAGGAGCUCAGUUCGGAAAGGCAUGAAGCGUUCCGGAUCUGUGUCCUCCAUAGGAUCUAGUACAACAACGGCAACUCGUGCACCCAGUAGAAAGCGUCAACGAUCUUAGUUUAUUUUUACCAUGCCAUAUGGGAUAAGGCAUGAUAUACUUUUGUCCCUGUGUACUUCGCGCCUUU